AAGUUGUGGUGACAAACAAUUUUAAUUUCUUCCUAACUAGUAUAAAUUCUUCUAAAAUUUUACAGGUUUCUCCUCCCUGCCCUCAGGUUUCUCCAGCGGUGCCGGAUGCUACUACAGUGCCUCCAGGUGGGCAUGGAAACUUGGUGCUCCUGCUUCUCUCCCCUACAGUCACAAGGAUCCUCAUCAUGAGAAGUAUGGCAAAUCGUAAAUCACUGUUGAUACAGUUUAUAUUGGCCUCCUGGAUCAUUUUUACAGUUUUUCAAAAUUCCACUAAGAUAUGGACUGCACUUAAGUUGCCCAUCUCCCUCCAUCACUGGAACUUUAUCAUGAAGUCCUCAAGUCCUGAAUUACCACUGCAUCCAGUAGUUUCAUCAGCAGAGACUGAGCUAAGAAUAAAGAGAAUCAUGGAAAAACUAGACCAGCUGAUCCCCCCCAGACCUUUCACCCACAUGAACACCACCACCAGUGCCACACACAGCACAGCCACCAUCCUCCACUCUCGAGACACCUACUGCAGGGGGGAUCAACUAGACAUCCUCCUGGAGGCGAGGGACCGCUUGGAACGCAGGAAGGAAUAUGGUGGGGAUUUCCUGAGGGCCAGGAUGUCCUCCCCAGCGCUGAAGGCAGGUGCUUCAGGAAAGGUGACAGACUUCAACAACGGCACUUACCUUGUCAGUUUCACCCUCUUCUGGGAGGGCUGGGUCUCUUUGUCUCUCCUGCUCAUCCACCCCAGUGAAGGAGUGUCGGCUCUCUGGAGGGCAAGGAACCAAGGCUAUGACAGGGUGAUCUUCACAGGCCAGUUUGCCAGUGGCACCUCCCAUGUCAAUACUGAUUGUGCCCUGGUUUUAAACUCCAGUGCUGAGCUGUGUGAGUACCUGGAUGCUCAAGACCAAGAAGCCUUCUACUGUGUGAGACCUCAGCACAUGCCGUGUGCUGCACUCACUCACAUGCAAUCCAAAAACACGGAUGUUUCUUAUCUUAGCAGACAAGAAUGGAGCCUCUUUGAAAGGUCAAAUGUCGGUGUAGAGAUUAUGGAAAAUAAUGCCAUUAAUGUCUCCAAAUGCAACAACAGAAAAACAGUUACAGUGAAAAAGAAAUGCAAGUUUGGAGUGGCAUCCACAAUCCCUGGUGGACAUGUCUGGAAAGAGACCUGGAAUCCUGUCUCCUGUAGUUUGGCUCCAGUCAAAAUGAAAGAAUGCCUAAGAGGAAAAUUCAUAUAUCUAAUGGGAGAUUCCACGAUCCGCCAGUGGAUGGAAUAUUUCAAAAACAGUAUCAACACACUGAAGUCAGUGGAUCUACAUGAAUCUGGAAAACUUCAACACCAACUUGCUGUGGACUUGGACGAGAAUAUCAACAUCCAGUGGCAAAAACAUGGUUACCCUUUGGUUGGCUCAUUGAGCUAUUCAGUGAAAGAAAUUGAGUACAUCGCACGAGUCAUUGACAGAACUGGAGGAGGAAAAAACAUCAUCAUUGUAAUUUCUCUGGGCCAGCAUUUCAGACCCUUCCCCAUUGAUGUUUUUAUCCGAAGGACCCUCAAUAUCCACAAAGCUGUUCAGCGUCUUCUUCUGAGAAGCCCAGACACUAUGGUUAUUAUCAAGACAGAAAACAUCAGGGAGAUGCACGGUGAUGUGGAAAGAUUCAGUGACUUUCAUGGUUAUGUCCAGUAUCUUGCCAUUAAGGAUAUUUUUCAAGACCUCAAUGUGGGCAUCAUUGAUGCCUGGGAUAUAACAAUUGCAUAUGGCACAAAUAAUGUCCACCCACCUCAAUCUGUAGUCAGAAAUCAAGUUAGUAUAUUGCUAAACUAUAUUUGCUAGAUAACACCUCUGAAAUCCAUUCACUUAAUUAAAAACAUUUAUAAAGUGUUUGCUAUCAUGCCAGUUCCUGUGUUUGGCUCUGAACUCCCAAUUAGCAUGAGAGAAUCUGCACUAUGGCUAAUCCAUAAACCACCAAUUCAACCAAAUAAAUUAUUUCUAAUUGGGCCUCCACUUAAGAAUAAAAACUAAAAGUGCCCAUGAAAAGGACCUACACUUCUUGAUCAGAGUCCUGCUACUCUUCACAAAUGAGAAGUCAAGACACCUAAUGGUUAAAAGUUGUCUCUGAUUCGUGGAAAUCCAGUGCAAUAAAGUUAUUUUAAAAUAUUUGGAGAAAGCAGUCCCAUUUUCUUGUUUCUGCUGCUAAAGACAAGCUCAAGAUGAUUUCCAAGUGGCAAGAGAAGUCCUGUAAGGCAGUUCUCCAUGUCUGCAGUCCUAGAGGAGCAACAAAGUUCUAAGCAGGGCUCCCUGGAUACUGAAAACCUCUGACUUUUCUCUCCCUGUAAGAACUCCCACUGCUGGAAGCUAAUCUGAUUUGAUAGAAUUUAUCCUCCAGCAAUAUAGAACAAUACAGGUAAAGACACAGUU